AUGACGACCCCCAACCACCGCGCAACGCGCACCUCGCGCCGGCGCGACAAUGACCCGCAACCCAUCUCCAUCCAUCCCUCCUCCUCCUGGCGCAUGGUCGAAACGGGCGACAGCAACGACUCCUUUGACACCUCGGUCCUCCCCGCGCCCUUGGCGACAGACGAUUACUACUACUCGACACAACCCGCCUCGCAAGAUAUUGAUUAUGUAGACGCCGACGACGACGACGAAGUAGACUUCAUCGUCUCGAGCGGCAGCGUGCGCACAGGAUCCCAGCCCUUCAGCAUAUCUGGGGGGGACUCGCAACCAUUCAGCAUCUCUGGCUCUCAGGAACCGAGCCAGUCGCAAGAAGGUGACCCGAUAGGGAGUUUUUUGACCAGGGCGGAGCACGAUGAGCGGGGGGACGUGUUGCUUAGGUCGCCGUUUAGACCGUCGGUACCGCAGAGCGUGAGGGAGAGUGUGAGGGAAGAGAUCAAGAGGGAGGAUGAGGGGAUGGGGAGUUCGACGAUCGAGUUGCGCAUGCCGAAGGUCGAUGUGGAUAUGGGCGGGUCGGGGUUCUUGUCGUCAAGGAGAACUAGCAGUUCGGCGGUCAAAACCCCGUCACCGGAGGGGUUGAGGAGGCGGAAGGGGGCUGGGGCUGGGGGAGAGAGGGGUCAUGAUGGGGGAGAGAGAGGGCAGCAGGCAGCGCAAGGCUCGGGGACGUCGCCUGGGAGCGUGGUGCUGGCGCCAGUGUACUGGGUCUUCGGCGUGUUAGCGCUCGCCUUCCGCUACGCGCAGAAGCCUCUCGCCAUCCUGGUGUCACUGUAUGUCACACUCGGCGGAAUGAUCGUCCUGCAGAACAUGGCGACACAGCCGCUCCAAACCGCGCUCUCCCCCCUCUGUCGGAUCCCUGGCGCAGGGUUCCUCGACCUGCCGUUCUGCCCGGUGUACAAUUUCCGCCCCGGGCCCAGCACCAGCGAGCCGAAAGAAAAAGGCCCAGUCGAGUUCGACAGCCUGAUGGACGUGCAAGACCAGUUUGAGAAGGUACUCGAAAAGUCGGCCCAAGGAGUGUCCUUGCCGCUGGAAAUGAAGCGCUCCGAGGCGUCGAUACGGGAUUUGAGGACCAUGGUUUGCUACAGCAAUCUGCAUGCUAAGGAUGAGUUGGUGUUAGAAUUCGACCGGUACAUCGAGACCGCGCGGCAGGCGUCCAACUCCCUACAGAGGUUUAACACCCACGUCGGGUCGACGGUCGACUUCGUCAUCAGCAUCAACCGCUGGACGGCGCGUUAUCUUGACAGUUUGGACGCGAGCUCUGCUCCCCUAUCAUCGUCGGACCAAGGCCUGAUCAUGUCUUGGGCAUCCUGGCUCUUCUCCCCCUUCCAACCCGCCACUUUCAGCGAACGCGCCCUUCUAGACAAAUACAUCGAGCACACCUCUCUGGUGUCCGAAAAAAUCGCCGAGCUCAUCCUCGAAGCGCAAUUCGUGCUCCGCAUCCUCUCCCGCGCAGAAGAUCAUCUCGGCAUUAUCCAUACCUUUGUCGCCCGUACGCAGAAGACGAUUCAGUCACGCCGCGAUGAAAUCUUAUGGACGCUCUGGACUCUGGUCGGGGCUAAUUCCAGAAGACUGGAGAGCCUCAACGGGCAGCUGCAGUUACUCCGAAAGGUCGACGAGCAACGCAUGGACGCGGUCAAACAGGUGACGGAGUUGGUGGCGGAGUUGGAGAGGAUCCAGGCCGGCUUGGGAGACUUGAGGGAACGGGUGGCCGAGCCGGGGCUGGUGAGGCAACGGGGCGUGGAGGUUCCGUUGAGCGUGCAUAUUGAGACGAUCAAUAGGGGCGUGGAGAGGCUCGAGGGGGCGAGGAGAAGGAUUAGGGAGGUGGAGAAUGAGAGGAUAAGGGAGGUUCUGGCAAGGGGGAAGGUAGACCGAGAAGGGUUGAUCGAGAGUGCUUAA